AUGCUUCCUUCACUGAUUCUUUGCCCUUCCUACGCCAGCUGCCAGUUUCUCUUGGGAGGCGAGAAAAUCACGCCUAUGCAAGGAAACGCAAACCGUCAUCCCCCACGCCCGACAGUACCGGCCUUGAGAAUUCCUGAAAUACCGCGAGACCGACAAGACAGCAAUCAACACACCAAUGAACGAGACAUCGACGUUCAAGACGCCGAAGGAACGCCGAUUGACGAAGCAAAACAAUGGAUGACGUUUCGUCCUAAACCCAAUACAAGACUCCUCACGGUCGACAUGCAGACUCCUCAAUCCAUGGAGCACCCUAAAUACCCAGUCAUCAGAGAAGGGAUGGCGAUAGAGGGACAAGAUGAGAGGCACGAUGGAGGUGACCACACGAAUAUGAACGGAGUUAGUAGCUACAAAAGCGGAGGUAGGAACGCGGGUAACGCGGAGGGUAAGGUUGAGGAUGAAGAUAAGAGACUGGAGCUCUAA